AUGGUCCUUGCGCGCCGUUCAGUCUUCCGCGCUGCGACUGCAGCUCAAUCCUUCCGAGCAGCUCCUGUUGCUCGUCGCUCAGCCCAGCUUCUCGGCCGCCGAUUUCAAUCCACUGGCGGCAGCUAUGAGAAGGGACAUACAUCCAGUGAUGUGCCUUGGUUGGUGGCCUCGGCUGCCGUGACUGGUCCAAUGGUCUUUUACCUAUGGCCUUCCGGCUCGGAGGGACACCAUGACUCUCAUGGAGAGGGCCAUGGGGACGAACACAAGGACGAGCACGAAGAGAAGGAGGAUGAGAAGGUAGAAACAUCCGAGGAGAAAUCCACCGAUAAAUCCACCGAGGAACCUCCUCAGAAGGAGAAGGAGGAUAGUGAGCAGAAUGGCGAAGAGAAGAAGGAUAGGAAGGAAGAUAAGCAGGAAGGCGAGAAGGAGGAGAAGAAGGAGGAACCCAAGGAGGAUGAGAAGACGAAAGAAGAACCCAAGGAAGAGGAAGACAAGAACGACAAGAACGACAAGAACGACGAAUCAAAGAACGAGGACCCCAAGGAGCAAUCCAAGGACGAUACCGGAAAGAGUGAGAAGACCGACUCCGACUCAAAAGAGUAA